AUUUUAUUAACUUUUAUGACAAUGUUAGUUGAUAUUAGAUGUCAAAUUUGAUUUUCAAUUAGUAGCGUUACUUCGUUUUGCCUCAUCGCUAUGCUUUAUAUCAUAUCUUAUGCUGGAACACAACUUAACAUGGAUCCAGAAAAGUUUUGUUCGGCGUUAUUAAAUAUGCCUCAAGACCUUACACAAAGGUUAGGUGGUUCUGAUGAACUAGUGAAAUCUUCCAUCUCAAUAUUUGCCAAAUUACCUAUGUCACGACAAGCAGUCAUAGAAUAUUAUAGUCAAUAUAUCUUUGAAAAAGCGAUAGCAGAUUAUAUGUCAAAUGUUACAAAGAGUCCUAAUAGAAUGGAAGAAGAUUAUAAUGUAUUGACUGAAAUACAACAGGGUCUAACAAAUCUGGUUUUUGAACAUCCUUCUGAAUUUGCUACUCCCAUAUCUAGCUGGAGCAUUCAAUUGCUGGGUAAAUUAUCUCAGAAAUAUGAUAAGAUUGUAGAAAACCCUAAUAACAAUAAGGUAUGGAUGGAAUGUGAUGCAGUUCGAGCAUUAUUAAGCCUUGCUGCUAUUGGGUUUUGGAAAACAAAUAAUAUUGAAGAAAGCUUCUUAGAGAAAGAUGAAUGUGUUAGUAUGCUGCUGGAAACAUAUAUUAAAUAUUCUCCUGCAGCAGAUUGGAUUGUUGGAAGACUCGCCAGUUCAUACACAUUGCCAUUAACAACCAGAGUACUAUAUAAUGGUUUAUGCAUCUUUCAAAAAAGUUCGCAAAAUGGAAAUCAUAUCAAAUCUGUUAUUCUUAUACUUGAACAAUUAGCAGAAGGACAUAUGGCAAAUCUCGACUGUGCUAGUAAAAAAUUGGUACAUUGGUCUUUUGCAAAAAAUAACAGAAAUAAUCUUAGACGAUUUGUUAUUCCAUAUAUGUUACAUUUAGCAUCAUCAGAUAAACUUUUACCAUUAGUCUAUUCAACUAUCUUAGAACUGUUCACUUCACCUGAUGCUCAUGCUAUUAUAUUAUCGAAUCAAAGACAUCAUUUGUGGAUAAAUAUUGGUUUAAAAUAUACUGUUUUAGUAGAAAGAACUGCUGAACUAGCAUUGAUGGUUAAAGACAAUUCACUAAAAAUUUGUUUGGGUUUGCUGGAUAAAUCGGACAAAUGUGCAUUUGGUUUGCAUGUUUUGAUGCAGGUAUUAAAUCACAUUGGCAAGAAAUAUAGAAAAUCUUCAGAACACUAUCCACUAGUUAUUUCUUUAUCGGAUUAUGGUGAUUAUAAAGAUUUAUGCAAUUUGUUGAUUUCGCCAAAUAUGAAUCAAUUAAAAGUCACUUUUAUUCUGCAUAUUUUGAAUUACAUUGGUCAUUGCAAACCUAUUAAAUUCCCAAAAAUCAUACAUUAUUUGCUAUAUCAUAUAACAUCGGUAUCUAAAUUGCCUCUUCUGUUAAAUUUAGUACAAUCUCAUUAUUUCACAGGAGUGCCAAAUACUCCAUUUUCUAAUUUGUUUGAUGUGUUACAAAUGACAUUUACAGCUCCAAAACAAUCAGAAUUUAUUUACACUUUUUUUUGGGAAAACUUAUGUAACUUAAUACAGCAGGAAAAACAGGGCAGAACAAUAUUCCUUGAGCAAGGUAAUUUUACCAAAGCAGCUUUCAAACAUAUUUCAAAUAUAAUCAAAUUUUUUGAGGAAAUACUGGAUAAAAAACUUCAAAAUAUUACAAAAAAAAUAGUAAAAGAAGAGAAAGAGUUAACUUUUAAAAAGACUUAUUAUAACACUGAAAUUGGUAAUAAAUCGUCAAUAUUUAACAUGAAAACUGUAUGUGAAAACCAAAAUCACUAUUCUUCUAUUUGUGAUAAUAUUGCAAGAAUAUUAGAAAUGCUCGAUAUAAACUUAAUUACUGUUGCAAAUCAUGUGAAUAGGAUAAUAGUGAACAAUGAAACAUAUCAAAAAUUAAUUAACGUCAUUGUCAAAUACUUCUUUUAUAGCCUACUUCUUCGAAAACCUUCUAGAAGAAGAUCAAGUAUUAUUGCGAUUAGGCUGCUCAGCAAAUGUUGUAGCUCAAAUAGAAUUGGUAGAAUAUUAGGAACCCAACUACUUGUUGACGGCGCUGUUUUUAAAUAUUCUCUUUUAUUUGGUGCAACUACUCCAGCCUACAAACAUGGAACACAAAGUAUUUCCUUAUUUGAUUUGAACAUUAAACAAGGUUUUACGUCGCAGAUGUCACAGAGGCCUUUAGCAGUUUUUCGUAAUGAAAUGGAUUUAAAUAGAAAAAGUCCUUCUGUAAUUACAGAAACUUGUUUUCAACGCCAGAGAUUAUUAUUCGAAGCUUUGAGCGCUGCUAUGUCAGAAAAUGUUCUAUCUGGUCCCUCUACUGAUGCUCUUACUUCUUUAUCACUUUGGCUCGUAGAAUCAGUUUCAACGGAUGUUAUGUAUAAUGGCUUGCCUUGGCCUGAAGAUGAAUUUACAAAAAUAACGAUGGAACGAGACUUGCAUAUAAGAAGAAUGUUUCAUUCUACACCCGUACUAUGGAGUUUACUACGUUUUGUUGCCUAUCACCGACCAGCCCUUUGCUACUGUUCUGUUCUUCUCAGAGGAUUGACAUCCGUAUUAAUAUACCAAUGGUUAUCAUGGUCAUAUAAAAAUACACCCGAUACAAUAUUUCAAGAACUGCAUGCUACCACAAGAAAUGUCUUACAAACUUUGUCAUUAGCACAACUUCUGCCACCUCCACUGGACACAUUAUCGGAAGUGAUACCAAAAUUGAAAGCUUUCGAAAUUUCAUUUGUUCUCAAAGAAUGUGUCUGGUUUUAUAUGAAGGAGAAUGUACCAGCACCAGUUUUGUUUCAAGAAACGCAACUGGGCCAUUAUUGGCGUGAUCCCCUUAUGUCAUAUGUCCCUUUAAGGUUUAUAGAGCCUUUAAGAAUGGUGAUGCAGAAACAUCUGCCACAUCUGGCUUCCAAUUAUAAUCAGAUAUUUAUUCAGGACUGCAAUCGUAUGAAUGGCAUAUCAAAAUGAAAUGUUAUUUUCAUUCAAAGGCAUAUAUAAUAAUUGUG